AUGCCCCCGCCGUCAGCCCGCUCUGCCUGCCCCGUCCUCGCCCCCAGCACAAGCACCCACCUCGGCAAACGCCCCUCCUCGUCCACCGACAUCGACGACCCUGCCCAUUCGCGCAAAACUCAGUCCGCCUCCUCUCUCAAACUCCAGUUGUCGUCCUUGGAGAGAGAGAAUCUGAGACACAAAUCGAAUGAGAGCAAGCUGCAAGUGCAGCUGGAGGAACAGAGAAUAGAGAUCGAGAGACUGAAAGAGGAACGGUACGGGCUCUAUGAGGCCAAGGUGGAUGAAGUCAAUCGGGGUGAGGAGAAGGAGAAGAGGUGGGGAGAGGAGAGGAGGAGGUAUGCGGAUGAGGUCGCCUUGUUCAGGCAGCGCAACACAGCGCUGGCCAAUGAGCUGGAAGAACUUCGAAGUCAACACACCCUUCUCUAUGGGAAACAUACCAGCUUGUCUUCAUCUACCUCAAACGAAAUCAAUCUGCUUCAAGCACGGAUCGUUGAGGUGGAAAAGGAACGAGAGUCUCUCAAGGGGUGGGAAAGGAGAGCAAGGGGACUGAGUAUCGAGCUCGAAGAGGAGAGGAGACGGAGGAUCGAGGGCGGGGAAAAGGAGUCUGUUCCAAGCAGGCCCGACGAGACUUUGUCCAAUGAGGUCAAACGACAAUCCCUGAACCUUUCGACCAUCUACCGAGCCAAUGAGACACUCAAGUCCGAGCUUGUUGAACUCCGCUCCCACCGUAAAACUAUAGAAUCCGUUGAGCGUGCCCACAAGGAGACCGAACAGUCCCUUGGGGAAGAAAUCAAGGUGCUUCAAGAGCAGCUCGAACGUGCGCGCCGAGAUAUGGACUCUCUCACGCAAACUUUUCCCUCGGCAGAUGAUACAGCGCAGUUGACCCAACUCAGAACUCGACUCUCUGCGCUUUCGACACUGCAUACUCAAGCCGCCAGUGAGCUUGCCCAAAGAGAGUGUACUAUCCGAGACUUGCGCACAAGGCUGGCGGACUUGGCAGAGAGCUCAAGAGCGACUGUCGGCGAAAUCUCCUCGAGGCUGCAGGAAACUGAGCGCGAGCUGCGUUGGGCUGUGGAAGGCAGGCAAAGCGCCGAACGGAGGGAGACUCUCAUCAGGCAAGAAGUGGACACAUUGAGGUCGUCAGGUGCUGGGAGUGGAGUGGAUGCAGCAGAGAUGGACCGACUCCUGCAAACUUACAGGGAUAUGGUCGAAACGAUGCAGCGUGACUCGAGACUAGUUGAGGAGAAGGUUGUUCGGGGGCAAGGAUUGGUUCAGGCCCACGAGCUUGCCAAUGCUCAGGAAAGAAUAUCUCAGCUGGAGUCUGAUGUAGUCGAGUUUGAUAAGACCAUUGAGGAACUUACAACCGCCAACACUCGCCUUGAUGCUGAGGUCAGCUCCCUGAUGUGCCGGGUGGCCUCAGGCGAGUUCAAUCCCGUGACUGAGCGAUGUCUUGAGCUGCGCAACAACCCUGAAGCCAAAAUACAAUUCAUCCGCCAGCAAGAGUUGACGGCUCUACGCCAGGAGAAUGAUGAACUGCUUGAGAGGUUGGCGGAACUUGAUGGGAUACUGAGUCAGCAAGGGAUGAGUGGGGAUGUCAAAGAAGGGAUGGUACCCCGGUCAAGUUAUGAAAGACUGAAAAAAGACCAGGAGGACAUCGGGAGGGCGCAUGAAAAGAGAUUGACGCGCUUGAAAGAGGUCUUUGCUGCCAAAACAUUGGAAUUCCUUGAAGCAGUGUAUUCAGUCCUCGGCUGGCGUAUCAAGUUUGAGGAAUCUGGCUCCGAUAUCCGCUUGACCAGCAUGUACGCACCGAAAGGCAAAUCUGGCCUCACAAUCAGGAUGACAUCAAGAGAAGGGCAUUUUGGGUCCAUGAGGAUGAGUGGUAUGAUGGCAAGAAGUCUGGAGGAGGCCAGACACUUCUGGGUUGUGGAAAGACAGAGUGUACCUGGGUUCUUGGCACAGGUCACUAUUGAGAUGUUUGAGAAGACUACUAUGGGAAGGGCUGCAGGGUAUGUUGGCUUGGAAUAG